GACAGAGGGAACGCCCAUCGGAGGCGACUAAAAUAACUCAGGUGCCAGGAAGACAGACUAAUCGAAACACGAGCAGCCGUGGUUAACAGCUGGGACUUUUCAACAUGUCUGCAGUAAACUACGCAGGGUUCAUGAGCGGCAUAGAUCCAAGCGAGAGGAGACUUAUUCUGGUCGGGAAGACUGGAGUUGGGAAGAGUGCCGCAGGAAACACCAUCCUGGGGAGGGAGGCUUUUGAAUCAGACCUGUCUCCAUCUUCUCUUACGGCAGAAUGCCACAAAGCCAGAGGGGUCAUUAAUGGUUACAACGUGGCCGUUAUUGACACUCCGGGAUUGUUUGACACAAACUUUACCCAAGAAGACGUGCUGAAGAAGAUCAAGAUGUGCAUCUCUCUGAGCGCUCCGGGUCCUCACGCCUUCCUGGUGGUCCUCGAGUUGAGCAGGUUUACGCAGGAGGAGAAGGAUACAGUCGAGAUGAUCCAGGCCACCUUCGGAGAAGAGGCUCAGAGGUACACCAUGGUGCUGUUUACUCAUGGAGACCAGCUGAAGGAUCAGAGCAUCGAAAACUUUAUUUCAGAGGGCAAAGACCUGAAGGCCCUCAUCGAAAAGUGUCACAACAGAUACCACGUCUUCAACAAUGAGGUCAAAGAUCCAAAGCAAACCUACUUGCUCAUGGAUAAGAUUAACGACAUGGUUAGGGCCAAUGGGGGAGGGUACUACACCAACGAAAUGUUUGAAAAAGCAGAAGCCGCCAUUGAGGAGGAAAAGCAGCGAAUCCUGAAGGAAAUGGAAGAACAGAAGAGGAAGGAACUGGGGCGACUCAGGGCUAAAUACGAUGCAAAUGUUUACCGCACAGAGGAGACCAAGCUGAUCAUGCUUUACCAGCAGGAUGCCCGCGCCAAAGCGGAGAAGUCAAACGCAUUCCUCGCCGCACCGACCAUUGCCGUGGCCACGACCUGCGGCGCUGCCAUCGGAGGCGUGCUGGGCGUGUUUGGCGGUCCAAUCGGAGUGGCAGUCGGGAUUGCCGCUGGAGCUGCAAUUGGAGCAGCUGUUGGAACUUUAGCGAUAAAAGUUGACAAAAACUGUCAUGUGCAGUGACACAAAGAAGGGACUAUUCAGUUUUCAGUCGGUCCCUGACCAAUCGAAACGUGGUUCGAUGGUAAAUCUUAAACAGCUUCCUUACUGUCAGAUGUCAUUUUCUAUCGAUGGAAUCAUCAAACAAUCAUGAUUAGUGGCGCAAAAAUACAUCUGUCCAAUUAAAUGUUUCAUUCUUGUGUAUUCCUGAAAGGAAAAGCUAUAAGUAUAACUUUGUUUUUUACUUGUCUGAAAGACUGUUGAGCUCAACAAUUUGGCCAAUAGAGUUUCCUAGCUGUCUAAUACUGGGGAAAACUGUGAGCAGGGGCAGCAAACAAUCAAGAUGCCUGGCUCUGAAAUCCAGUCACAACCUUUAUUGUUUGGCCAGGAACUUAAUAUCAAAUCUCAGUUUACCAAACCUAAACAUCCCUGCGUGAAUUGUUUUUUUUUUUUUUCUCGGGUUGGGAGUUUUGUUAUGCAAAUCUAUUUCAAUCUGAUUUGAUUGUCAUGAAUUUAAAACGAGUUUUCUCUCUAUAGGUUCUGUAAACGGUAAAAUGUUGACAUUUUGCAAAACUAACAAUAAAGAAGAAAUACAUGAAAAUAGGAGCCUUCUUAAUAUUUUUUUUAGACUGUAAAACCACACAGCAUUUAUAUAUUUAUAUAUUUGACGUUGGUUUUGACAGUUCAAGUUCUGGUUUCAGCAUUUAAGCUACUGGACAUUGGA